AAUACUAUAUACUCUGAACCCGGUCCGAAAUUACCCAUUCGCUUGUUUUCGUCUGGCGAGAUCAAAACAAGCGUUUGUUUCAGUCGAUUCAGAGCUUUACAAAAUAUGGCUUCUUUGGACUCCGACGUUACCAUGGUUCCAGUUAGUGAGGCAUCAAGCAGUUCUGCUCCUUCAUCCUCUAAGAAGCCUAAACGUUUUGAGAUCAAGAAGUGGAGCGCCGUCGCUCUCUGGGCUUGGGAUAUUGUUGUCGAUAACUGUGCGAUUUGCAGAAACCACAUCAUGGAUCUCUGUAUCGAGUGCCAAGCGAACCAGGCUAGCGCUACGAGCGAGGAAUGCACUGUAGCUUGGGGGGUUUGUAAUCAUGCCUUCCACUUUCACUGCAUCAGUCGAUGGCUUAAGACUCGUCAAGUUUGUCCAUUGGAUAAUAGCGAGUGGGAGUUCCAGAAGUAUGGCCACUAGAGCCUUCGAGUGUUUGAGUUGUUGGAUUAUCAGUCUGCUCUGUAGUGCAGAUUUGAAAUAGAAUAUUUGGGACCCUGUUGGCCCUUUUCCCAGUCAACUUUCUGUCAAUUCUACCUGAUGAUCUUUUUGUGGUUUAUGAGAUCUGUUGGAUAUGACUUGGUAGUGAAUGAUAAAUUCUCCUAAUAGGAGUUAUGUGAAAAUUAAGCCCUAUUUUCUUUCGUGAAUUCCUUUCUUUCACCUCUUGAUAAUGUGUGUAUAUGGUAUUUAUUAUGCCAUGCAUCUAUAUAAUCGGGAGAUUAUGGUU